AUGGCGGCGGCGGCGGCGGGUCCGGGCGCGCUGGGCGCCCGGGAAGCGGCCGAGGCGGCCCACGUGCUCUCACUGCCGGCCGAGGCCUUCGGGAACGACCCGCGGCUGGAGGCGGCCUGGGCCGAGCGCGCCCUCCAGCACGCCCACGUCUACUUCCACCUGCUCUCGGCCGCUGACCCCGCGGGGCUGAGGCUCACCCGGGCCGACGACCGGAUCUACGCGGCCUUCCGGCGGAGCUUCCCCGACCUGCGCGUCGACUUGCUGGACGUGGAGUCGCUCAAGUCGGAGCCGGCCAAAGAGAAGUGGCGCCCCUUCUGCCUGCAGUUCGAGGGGGCGGUGGAGGACUUCAACCUCGGGACUCUCCUGCGCCUCGACUGCCGCCGCGGCUACUCGGAGGAGAACUCCGUGCUGGCGCCGCGCAUCCAGUUCUUGGCCAUCGAGAUCGCGCGCAACCGCGAGGGCUGCAACGGCGCCGUCUACCGCCGCGCGGGCGCUCCAGAAGCCGGGCUCGACCCGGCCGGCGCCCGCUGA